AUGGCUCUAUCAGCAAAUGUCGGGGCACUGACUGACGAGCUCAUCAUCAUAAUUACAAACACGUCCGACAAAGCAAGUAUUCAAGCCGAUAAUCAAUGGACUUUAAAAUCCCUGGUUGAGAGGACCCUGAAGAAGAACAGUGCUGGAAGAACAGACCACUUGGAUGUUGCAAAGAGACUUGACGGCCUCCAAGAAAAAUUUCAAGUUUUAAACAAGGAUGCACUGUCCGACGCACUUCGUAUACGCCUGGAAGAGCUAAAUCAAAGGAGGAGCCAUCGGGCCCCUGAACUGUUGUCUUUGCUCUUGGAACUCUCGGAUAGGCCUGCGAUACAUUCCAAAAUCGAGGACUUGGAUUUACUUCAACGACCAGCUUCGCCCCCGCCUUUAACGUGGAAAGAUAUUUAUGCAUCGGACCCUCCCAGUGACCAGGAAGGUAUUUGGCAGGAUAUCGAUUUUGCUGCACUUUCCUCCGAUGAUGAUCUAUCAGACUUAUCGAGCGACAUAUCUAUCCCCCGAAUUAUCCCUCAACGGCCCAAGCCUCCAUUGGAUGAUUUUAAGGUCCCUGAUAGCGCUUUUUUACCAGUCGAAGAUGAGACCUUGCUUUCACGCAUCCAGGAUCUUGAGCUCUGGAGAAAUAGGGCUGCGCAAACUAGUCAGCCGAUGAAUGAGGAUGACCUGUGCCUUACUGAGUUUCAAGUAAUAAGAGAGACCAUAUUUAUGCUUCAGGACCUGCCUACUGUUUUGUUUUGGUAUUUGGACGGUAACGUUGAGGUUGAUCGGAGAUUUAGAUUGCGCCACGUAUCGCCAGUUGCCUUCGGGAACCUACUUCGCUCAUUUGGUGUCCAAGGAGCCAAAUUACAUGUUAUUCGGCAGUUUGUUAAGCGCCCCCAGAAACUUCAAUUUAUGCAAAUGUUUCAGCGCGAAGUGGAAUUUUACUUGAGUAACUUUACCAAAAAUUUAUCGCAUAUGGAAGCGGAAUACUCAAGAACAACUGAGUUUUCUACGCCGAGUUUGAUUCGACUCUACUCAGAUGUGUACGAGGAAACAUAUCUGCUACGAGAACUGUCAGACAUCAUCAACAAACUAGGCGAUCAGUCGCAAAACGAGCCGUUCCUGUGUUUGGAUUUACUCUACGAACUUGUUUGUUCGAAACAGGCGUGCGGAGACGAUAAAACUUUUCAGGAUGUGGCUAAGAUAUUUUUCAAAUGCUUCGAAGUGUAUGCAAGGCCAAUACGACUGUGGAUAGAAACUGGACUUCUGGACAGGACCUUAGGUUCAUUUUUUGUGUCUGAUUCGGGAAAGCAACUCACUGACCUAAGGACGCUUUGGCACGAAUGGUUUACACUGGACGAAGCUCAUGGACAACUUUACGCACCUAGUUUUUUUCAACCUGCAGCAAAGAAGAUUUUUACCACGGGAAGAAGCAUGAUAUUCCUUCGCCGCCUCGGCAUAGAUCCAGCGCUUUUAGACGCCCCCAAAUGUAAAAACUUUUCGUAUGAGGAUAUUUGUUCUUCAGAAUUCUUCUCUCCCUUGAUGCCAUUUACAGUACUUCUAGAGCGCUCAUUUGAUCGACUCAUUGAUUCCAACCACUCUUUUUCUUCGAACUUGUUACGGAAACAACUGGACGAACAGUGUGGCCUCUGGGUUUCCCUGGAGGCACUUGAGUACAUAUACCUGGGAAAAGACAUGUCACUUUCAUCGAUAAUCGAUCAUGAAAUAUUCGAUUUGAUUGAUAAAGGGAUUCAGUCAUGGAACGAUAGAUUCUUCCUCACCGAGCUCGCUCAAGGAGCAUUCAGUAGCCUAGCCUGUAUCGAUCCCAGUCGUCUCAUAAUCAGAUCAAAGCAGCUCGGACUUCGAGAUUUUGAACACCACUGUCGCUCCGUCCAAAUCUUGAAAGCCAUCGCCAUGGACUAUAUUCUUCCUUGGCCAGUGGCUAAUAUUAUUACAAAACAGUCACUUUUAGCAUAUCGACGUGUUUCGACUUUCCUUAUGCAAAUACGACGAGCCAAAUAUGUCGUGGAGCGGCAGCGGCUCCUAAGAUCAUUACAUUCAAAGACUGAAAGCGAGAAGAAAGACGAUGUUCUCGGGUACAGCAUUCGACACCACCUCGUCUGGUUUUUGAAUGUCCUCUACGCACAUCUCACACAGCUUGUCAUUUGCAGUUCGACGGCAAACAUGAAGGAAUCGCUAUCGAAGGUGAAAGAUGUAGAUGGGAUGAUAGCUGCUCACCAAUCAUACACCUCGUCAUUAGAAGAUCAGUGCUUGCUCUCCCCCAACCUCGCCCCGAUUUACCAGGCAGUCACAUCCCUUCUUGAUCUAUGUAUACAUUUCUCUGAUAUUCAAAUCUCGCGCCAUGGCGACAAUCAAUUCGACCAGGGAAAUAGCAGAUCACUCCGCUCCUCCACUGGGCAUCGAUAUAGGGCGAGCGGGAGCCAUAGGAGUCGUCAUUCCUGGUCCCGUGAUGAUGAAUCUAGCUCUGUUGACGAUGACGGUACCUGCGAUACUGAUGAUAGCAUGGAGGACGAGGGAAAUUUAACCAGUGUCUCGUUUCUUGAAACGUCGUACAGGAAGCGAUUAAUCGCUGUUAGGGAUAAAUUUGAGCGGUUGUGUUCGUUCAUUACGGCAGGUUUGCGGGGCAUGGGGCGCGUAGAUGGUCACAACAGUUGGGAGAUUCUUGCGGAGAAAUUGGAGUGGAGGAAGAGUACGGGUGUGAUAUAUUUGUCUUAA